UUGGAAGCUGAGGCGGCGGCGGCGCUGCGGCGGGUGCUGUGCGCUCGGUCCCGGCGCGGUGCGGCUCUGCGGCGUGGGCCCUUUUCUUCCGCACCCUGCUCCGGCCUCGACCACGGCGAGCCUGAGCGCGGCGGCGGCCCACCUGCGGCGACGGGGAGAGAUGAGCAGCAGCAGCAGCAAGAGAGCCCCAACAACAGCAACCCAAAGACUGAAGCAGGACUACCUUCGGAUCAAGAAAGACCCGGUGCCUUACAUCUGCGCCGAGCCCCUCCCUUCCAAUAUUCUUGAAUGGCACUAUGUUGUCCGCGGCCCUGAGAUGACCCCUUACGAAGGUGGCUAUUAUCAUGGAAAGCUAAUUUUUCCCAGAGAAUUUCCUUUUAAGCCUCCUAGUAUUUACAUGAUAACUCCCAAUGGAAGGUUUAAGUGCAACACGAGGCUGUGUCUCUCUAUCACGGAUUUCCACCCAGACACGUGGAACCCAGCGUGGUCUGUCUCCACCAUCCUGACCGGGCUCCUGAGCUUCAUGGUGGAGAAGGGUCCCACCCUGGGCAGUAUAGAGACCUCGGACUUCACGAAAAGACAACUGGCUGUACAGAGUCUAGUGUUUAAUUUAAAAGAUAAAGUCUUUUGUGAAUUGUUCCCUGAAGUUGUGGAGGAAAUUAAACAAAAACAGAAAGCACAAGAUGAACUCAGUAGCAGGCCACAGACUCUACCCUUGCCAGAUGUGGUUCCUGAUGGGGAGAUGCACCAUGGCCAGAAUGGGGUCCAGCUUCUCAAUGGGCAUGCACCGGGGGCCGGGCCCCACCUUGCAGGGCUCCAGCAGGCCAACCGGCACCAUGGACUCCUGGGCGGUGCCCUGGCGAACUUGUUUGUCAUAGUGGGUUUUGCAGCCUUUGCCUACACGGUCAAGUAUGUGCUGAGGAGCAUCGCACAGGAAUGAGAGACACCAGAGCCAGGACCCUGUCGCUGCAGAUGCAAGUGCCAGAGCUCGACACAGGCGGGCUGGACAUGCUGCUGAGCCAGGGCGGGCCCGCCGGACUCCUGGGUUUCUCUUUUUAAAAACCUUAAAAGGAAAGCAAAAACCAAAAUGUGUGAUUUGGAGGAGACAAGAGAUCCUCAGCUCCCUCUGCUCACCUGGUGUGGUGUGUGUCGGGGCCAGUGUCUACCAGGGCUGCUCACGUUUGGUUUUAUAGCUUAUCUCCUGUAUUGUCUUUUGGACCUGUUUAGUAAACCUGUUUUUCAUUUUAUUAGAUUUGGUCACUUAAAAAUAUAAAACUCAAUGCCUAUCAAA